UAUAGUUCCUGAGUGCGUUGUGCAGUAGGGCAGAUCUUAUCUGUUUCUAUAAUCGAAUUGUAACGGUGUCCGCGAGGUCUGUUCUUAAGAUGUUUUUUUUUCCAUAACUGAUUAAAGUAAUUAUCCAUUAGUUAAUUGAAAAGUUCCGAUGUUUGUUUGUUCUAUUGUAUACAGGAAGCUUAUAAUGGAAUUUAAUUCGCGCAGUGAUUUUUAAUUUCGUUUAGGAGAUAAAAAGUGGCAUUCUGAAGAGAAAUUAUCAAGCCAUCCCCGGAUCAAGAACGACCUGCGACAUUCUAAUUACGGGAUUACAUUUGUAGUGGUAAUCGGGUGUCGGCCAUCGACCUACCAUUCUUGCGACCACCGUGCGCGCGCGCCUGUUCAUUGUGCACUAAUAGUUUAUCUCGUAACUAUGUUUCGGUGCGUGCUCGCAUUUCUAUUCGUAACGGUAUGCAUGAGCCAGCACCCCUUCGACUAUUAUCACGUGCUGCAUUUGCCUCACGAGCCUCCUCUGUACCCGGUGCUGGCGAGCGCGCCGCCCACGCGCUUCUCCUGCGAGGGACGCCCUAGAGGAUAUUAUGCUGACGUUGAUGCAGGAUGUCAGGCUUACCACUUCUGCUGGCGUCAACACCUCGUCAGCACUGAUCUCUGCUCCAACGGGACAUUGUUUAAUGAACAGUUCCAGGUCUGCGAUCACUUCUAUAAUGUACGUUGCGGGUCACCACUCGAAGACUUAUAAUGAUGUAUAUUAAUUUAAUUAAAAUAUACAAACCUAUUUAUUUAUAACCGUUAUGGCUGUAUGUUAUAAAAUCUAUAGAUUAAUGCAAGUUUCGGUCGUGUUUUUAAAAUCGUCCUUUUUCAUGUAAGAUUCCUCAAAGUGGCAUUUUUGUUGUGUAGAAGAACUUGUAAAUACUUAUAAAUAC